AUGGGUUUCGAAUUGGGUUAUUCACUUACAAAUCCAAACGCUCUUGUUUUGUGGGAAGCUCAGUUCGGUGAUUUUAAUAACACUGCUCAGUGUAUCAUCGAUCAGUUCAUUUCAUCUGGCCAACAAAAGUGGGUACGCCAAUCAGGACUAGUUCUUCUGCUUCCACAUGGUUAUGAAGGUAUGGGUCCAGAACAUUCUAGUGCUCGCAUUGAACGAUUUCUGAUGAUGUCUAAUGAUGAUGAAAAUCAUGUGCCUGUCUACAGUGAUAACUUCACCAUGCAACAAUUGCAUGAUACAAAUUGGAUUAUCGCAAACUGCACUACACCAGCGAACUUCUUUCAUAUCUUACGUCGUCAAAUUCUGCUGCCUUUCCGUAAACCACUAAUCGUCUUCACUCCUAAAUCCCUACUACGUCAUUCAGAGGCGAAAUCACCUUUCAGUGAUAUGCUUCCAGGUUCAGAAUUCCAACGCUACAUUCCUGAUAGCGGUCCGGCUUCUCAGAAACCUGAAAAUGUGAAAAAAUUAAUUAUUUGCUGUGGCAAAGUUUAUUACGAAUUGGAUAAAGAGCGAAGGUCUAUUAAUAAAGAAACAGAAAUAGCUAUCAGCAGAGUCGAACAACUGACUCCGUUCCCAUAUGAUUUGAUUCAACAAGAUUUAGAACGUUAUCCUAAUGCCGUUAUACAAUGGGUACAGGAAGAGCAUAAGAAUAUGGGAGCAUGGACUUACAUACAGCCAAGAGUAAAUCAUCUCAUAUUUAGAACAAUGCCAGACCGUCAUCACAACCGUGUUUUGUAUGCUGGUCGACAACCUAGCGCUGCCACUGCUGCUGGUAACAAAGCGAUGCAUUUGAUGGAGAUCUCUCAUUACCUGAAAAAUGCUUUAUCCUUAAGCUAA